GCGCUCCGGUCUCGCCCGGCGCCGGCUGCGCGGCGGCCACUGUUCCAGCGCGGCGGCCCGGCUCACGCCCGCGUCCUCCCCCGGCCGCCCGGAAGCCCGCGGACUCCGCCGGCCCCGGCCACCCCGCUGCGUCGCCGUCCACGGCCUCGGGAGCGCGUGCGGCUCCGGGGUCGCGGCGGCGAUUGGCCGGUCGCGGCGCCCGCUCCCAGAAUGCAGCGCAUGGCGCGUCAUUGAAGAGAGACCAUGAUGGCGGCGGCGCUGGGGCCCCCAGAAGUGAUCGCUCAGCUGGAGAACGCGGCUAAAGUUCUGAUGGCACCGCCAUCCAUGGUCAGUAAUGAGCAGCGCCAGCAUGCAGAACACAUAUUCUUAUCAUUUAGGAAGUCAAAGUCGCCGUUUGCCAUUUGUAAGCAUAUUUUAGAAACUAGUAAAGUGGACUAUGUCCUUUUCCAAGCUGCCACGGCCAUCAUGGAAGCAGUGGUCCGAGAGUGGAUUCUCUUGGAGAAAGGUAGCAUCGAGUCCCUGCGGACAUUCCUUUUAACCUAUGUCUUACAGAGGCCUAACCUGCAGAAGUAUGUUCGGGAACAGAUUCUGUUAGCAGUAGCAGUAAUUGUAAAACGAGGAUCAUUAGAUAAAUCAAUUGACUGCAAAAGCAUUUUUCAUGAAGUCAGCCAGUUGAUAAGUAGUGGCAAUCCCACUGUGCAAACUCUGGCCUGUUCGAUUCUAACUGCAUUAUUGAGUGAAUUCUCAAGUUCAAGUAAAACUAGCAACAUUGGACUGAGCAUGGAAUUCCAUGGUAACUGCAAAAGGAUUUUUCAGGAAGAAGACCUCCGUCAGAUCUUCAUGUUAACUGUUGAGGUUCUGCAGGAGUUCAGCAGGCGGGAGCACCUCAGUGCACAGCUCUCCUCCGUGUUUCAGCGUUACCUGGCGCUCGCCAAUCAAGUCCUGAGCUGGAACUUUCUUCCUCCAAAUUUGGGCAGACAUUAUAUAGCUAUGUUUGAAUCCUCACAAAAUGUGCUGUUGAAGCCAACGGAGUCGUGGCGGGAGACGCUGCUGGACAGCAGGGUCAUGGAGCUUUUCUUCACAGUCCAUCGAAAAAUCAGAGAAGAUUCAGACAUGGCACAAGAUUCCCUCCAGUGCCUUGCCCAGUUAGCUUCUCUUCAUGGCCCCAUCUUCCCUGAUGAAGGAUCACAAGUUGAUUACCUAGCACACUUCAUUGAGGGAUUACUGAAUACUAUCAAUGGAAUUGAGAUAGAAGAUUCCGAAGCGGUGGGGAUCUCCAGCAUUAUCAGCAACCUGAUAACCGUGUUCCCGCGCAACGUCCUGACUGCCAUUCCAAGUGAACUCUUCUCCUCCUUUGUUAACUGCCUCACACACCUCACUUGUUCUUUCGGGCGAAGUGCUGCUUUGGAAGAAGUGCUUGAUAAAGAUGACAUGGUAUACAUGGAAGCAUAUGAUAAGUUGCUGGAGUCCUGGUUAACUUUGGUCCAAGAUGACAAACAUUUCCAUAAAGGUUUUUUUACCCAACAUGCAGUUCAAGUUUUCAAUUCUUAUAUUCAGUGCCACCUAGCUGCUCCAGAUGGCACAAGGAAUUUGACUGCCAAUGGUGUGGCCUCUCGUGAGGAAGAAGAAAUAAGUGAACUUCAAGAGGAUGAUCGAGACCAGUUUUCUGAUCAACUGGCCAGUGUAGGAAUGCUAGGAAGGAUUGCUGCAGAACACUGUAUACCUCUUCUGACAAGUUUAUUGGAAGAAAGAGUAACAAGGCUCCAUGGUCAAUUACAGCGACAUCAGCAACAACUGCUUGCUUCACCUGGUUCAAGCACUAUUGACAACAAAAUGCUUGAUGAUCUCUAUGAAGAUAUUCACUGGCUUAUUUUAGUUACAGGCUACCUCUUAGCUGAUGAUACUCAGGGAGAGACUCCGCUAAUACCUCCAGAAAUAAUGGAAUAUUCCAUUAAGCAUUCAUCUGAAGUUGACAUUAAUACAACACUUCAAAUUUUGGGAUCUCCAGGAGAAAAGGCUUCUUCCAUCCCAGGGUACAACAGAACAGAUUCUGUGAUUAGGCUGUUAUCUGCUGUUCUCAGAGUUUCAGAAGUUGAAUCUCGAGCAAUAAGAGCAGAUCUCACUCAUCUACUAAGUCCCCAGAUGGGCAAAGAUAUUGUUUGGUUCCUCAAACGCUGGGCGAAGACUUAUCUCCUGGUGGAUGAAAAGCUGUAUGAUCAGAUAAGUGUGCCAUUUAGUACAGCCUUUGGAGCAGACACCGAGGGUUCGCAGUGGAUCAUCGGCUACCUCUUACAGAAGGUCAUCAGCAACCUGUCGGUGUGGAGCAGUGAGCAGGACCUUGCCAACGACACUGUGCAGCUGCUGGUCACCCUGGUGGAAAGGAGAGAAAGGGCAAACUUGGUCAUUCAGUGUGAAAAUUGGUGGAAUUUAGCAAAGCAGUUUGCAACCCGAAGCCCCCCUCUGAACUUCUUGUCGAGUCCUGUGCAGAGGACGCUGAUGAAGGCUCUAGUCUUAGGAGGUUUUGCACAUAUGGAUACUGAAACCAAACAGCAGUAUUGGACAGAGGUUCUUCAGCCACUUCAGCAGCGAUUCUUAAGAGUGAUAAACCAAGAAAACUUUCAGCAGAUGUGUCAGCAAGAGGAAGUCAAACAGGAGAUCACUGCCACGCUGGAAGCCCUGUGUGGCAUUGCCGAGGCCACGCAGAUUGACAACGUGGCCAUCCUUUUUAAUUUUCUAAUGGACUUUCUUACCAAUUGCAUUGGGUUGAUGGAAGUUUACAAAAAUACUCCAGAGACUGUUAAUCUCAUUAUAGAAGUGUUUGUGGAAGUCGCACAUAAGCAGAUAUGCUAUCUUGGAGAAUCCAAAGCUAUGAACUUAUAUGAAGCCUGCCUUACUUUGUUGCAAGUAUAUUCUAAGAAUAAUUUAGGGCGACAAAGAAUAGAUGUUACAGCGGAGGAGGAACAAUACCAAGACCUGCUUCUCAUUAUGGAACUUCUUACUAACCUUCUGUCAAAAGAAUUCAUAGAUUUCAGUGAUACAGAUGAAGUGUUUAGAGGGCAUGAGCCAGGGCAAGCGGCGAACAGGGCUGUGUCCGCAGCUGAUGUGGUUCUCUAUGGAGUGAACUUGAUCCUGCCCUUGAUGUCACAGGACCUUUUGAAGUUUCCAACUCUUUGUAAUCAAUACUACAAAUUAAUCACGUUUAUAUGUGAGAUUUUUCCUGAAAAAAUACCACAGCUUCCUGAAGAUCUGUUUAAAAGUUUGAUGUACUCUCUAGAACUAGGAAUGACAUCAAUGAGUUCGGAGGUUUGCCAGCUCUGCCUGGAAGCCUUGACACCCUUAGCCGAACAGUGUGCAAAAGCCCAAGAAACAGACUCUCCGCUUUUUCUAGCAACACGGCACUUUCUUAAGCUGGUUUUUGAUAUGCUGGUUUUGCAAAAGCACAACACAGAGAUGACCACUGCGGCCGGAGAAGCUUUCUACACGUUGGUGUGUCUGCACCAGGCUGAAUAUUCUGAACUGGUGGAAACGUUGCUGUCCAGUCAGCAGGACCCAGUCAUUUACCAGAGGUUAGCAGAUGCCUUCAACAAGCUCACUGCGAGCAGCACGCCUCCGACGCUCGAUCGCAAGCAGAAGAUGGCCUUCCUAAAGAGUUUAGAAGAAUUUAUGGCAAAUGUUGGUGGUCUCCUUUGUGUAAAAUAAACGGCCAAACUUUAUGCUCGA